GCCUAGUCCCAGGGCAUGCUGGGAUUGUGGCGCCCCCUGCCCCAGGGCAUGCUGGGAUUGUGGUGUCCUGCCCCAGAAGUAGCUGCAUCUCAGCCCUGGGCGAGGGGUCCCCGUAUAACCAGCCCCUGCGCCCUGCCCCAAAGGGGCCACAUCCCCCAUUCUCACUGCUCCCCUCCCUGCAGCUGCCGCAGCGCCAUGAUACGGAUCCACGUGCUGGAGGGGGCGGCUCUGGUGUGGAGCGCGGAGGACGCCCGGGAGAUCCGUGAGCGGUUCCGGCUGGUGGGGACCCUGGUGGGGGCACUGGCCCGCAAGCCACGGCAGAACGCGCGCCUGGGCCUCCCCCUGCAGCUGCUCCCCGAGGAGGCCCGGCUGCUUGCUGAGCUGGGCGCAGCCGUCUUGGUGAGGGGCACCGAGACCCAGCCCCCGGCGGAGGGGGAGGAACUGACCCAGGAAUCCGAGGUGGAGGCCUACCAGCGGGAGCUGGAGGAGAGCUACCAAGAGCAGCAGCGCCUGGCUGGGGCAGAGAGGGGGGCCCUGCUGGCCCGGCUGGCCGAGCACAUUGCCCAGGGCCGAGCCCGCCGCAGAGAGCAGCGCGGGGAGAUGCCAGACACGGUGGAGGAUUCGGGACUCCUGGAUUUGCCCUUCGUCCUGCCCCGCGACUCCAUGAUGGUCCAGCUGCCUACAGCGCGGUGGCGCCCAGGGCGGGUUGAGCAGGUGGACUGGACCUCCCCUUCCCCGGACUGGCCUCACGCUGGCCGCCCAGCCCACGAGGCCCGGUACCGCGUCUUCCGCGAGCUGUGGGGCAGGGGCUACUACCUGUCCGGAGGAAGCAAGUUUGGGGGAGACUUCCUUGUAUACCCAGGUGACCCCCUGCGGUUCCAUGCCCACUAUAUCGCGCUGUGCUGCCCCCCGGAGGCCCCUCUCCCGCUCCACGCCCUGGUGGCUGCCACCCGCCUGGGCACCAGCGUCAAGAAGACCCUGCUGCUCUGCUCACCAGGCGCGGGCGGCGCCCUCGCAUUCACCUCCCUGCAAUGGAGCGGGCUCCAGUGACACCCGCGGGGACAGCCGGGAACUGGGGGGCACAAUCCGCUCCCAACCAGGCACGGAGCACCCCUCCCCCGGGGCGCUGCUGGGAGUGUCUGCCGGCGUGGGGGAGCCCAGGG